AUGUCUGGUCGUGGUAAGCAGGGCGGUAAGGCUCGCGCUAAGGCUAAGUCUCGUUCCUCUCGAGCUGGCUUGCAGUUUCCUGUAGGGCGUGUGCACCGCUUGCUGCGCAAGGGUAAUUACGCAGAGCGGGUAGGAGCUGGUGCUCCGGUUUACCUGGCAGCGGUGUUGGAAUAUCUGACCGCUGAGAUUCUGGAGCUGGCGGGUAACGCAGCACGCGACAAUAAGAAGACCCGUAUCAUCCCGCGCCACCUGCAGCUGGCUAUUCGCAACGACGAGGAGCUCAACAAGCUUCUGGGCCGUGUGACCAUAGCCCAGGGUGGUGUCCUGCCCAACAUUCAGGCGGUGCUGCUGCCCAAGAAGACGGAGAGUCAUCACAAGGCCAAGGGCAAGUAA